AUGUGCCCCAGCAGCCUGAGUUACUGUAUCCUGAAAACCCUGUCAAUGACCCAUUUGUGCCUGUGGGUCACAUGGCUCCUCUUCAACUGGCAGCCUUUGUGGCUACCAGUCCAGGCGACUCAGCCCCUGGAGAGGGCCCAGGACCUGGUCCAGCUGACCUCCAGCCUCCCUUGGCUCUCUGAGCCCUGGUCUUCUCACUCCUCGAAUGCCCCACCUGAAUCACCUGACGCGCUCACACUCCCGGCAGACCCCGGCAGCUUUGAUGACCUGCGGUCUUCUGCUCCCUCUCAGAUGCUGGCCUCACCUCAAGAGUCCACUGUGAGUUUUGUUCCUUUUCUGGACAUGGAUUCAGCUCAAGGGCUGCCCCCAGAGUCAGAACAGCUUGCUGCUCCGUACCAGUAUUUCAAUAGGUUUCCUCGACAACAAAGGCUACCAGAGGCCAUUCCCGUGCUAGACAGGGAUCAGGAUCAGCCCCUAGUUCUGCCUCCUCGACUGGAAGGAAAGGUUCACCAGUCAUUUGAAGCACUCGUUCUGCCUCUAGACAGUCAGAGUUCACAAGGAAACAAGUUGAUUGUUUCACCCCUGAUCCCCAAGAAAGAUCUAGCUCGGCUUAGACGACUUCCUAAGGUUGGUGUAGGAACUCCAGACAAAGUGGCCAAGCUUCAGGGUCAAAAUCAAGUUUUGCCGGCUGACAAUGUGGUCUAUCCUGGUGGUUUUCCUACGGAAUCCCAGGAGAACCCAGGGGAACCUGCACAGCCUUCUGAGCAGGCUGAACCAUCUCAAUUCCUGCUGGAGGGCCAGACUCCAAAUCCAGAGACUCAGGAGCCCAUCCAAUCCUCCUCCCCACAGCAAGAAGAACAAGCUCUGCCUCCACAGCCCAUUGAAACUGAUGAGCCUGCUUCAACCCCGCAAGAGGUCCCAGUUCCAGAACUACAGCAGCCCGAGGAAGAAGCAUCUCCAUGGCAGCAGGAGGCCCCAGCUCAGAAUCCAUUUGCUACUGCAGAAGUAGUAGGUCAGGCAUCAGUGCAUCACCAUCUUCACACUCCAUCCUCACCUCAGGUUGUAGCUCUCCAAGCAAACUUCCCCAGCGUCACACUGAAACCUGCAGACACGGAACUGACAGAAGCCUCAGAGGCCGGUGAGGAAGUUCAAUCUACUCCAAGCACGGAGCAGGCUCCAGCGCAGCCUCUGGAGCAUCCUGAGGAAGUGGGACUCCCCUCAACCCAACAACAGGCCCCAGUGCAGACUCCAGAAUUCCCUGGGAAGGUGGAAUCUUGGACUCAAGAGGGUCUAGCUCAGACUUCAGAGCUCCCUGAGGAGACAGUUCCAACAUUAGGUCCGGAUCAAAAUCAACCUCCACUAUCACCCAGUGUUUCAAAUCAACCUUUAGACCUGGCACUUACCAUUACUACAGAACCUACUACAGAGGCUGAGCAUCCUACAGAACUGAGCAAGACUACAGCUCCAUCUCCAAACCUGACUCCAGUCACAACUCAACAUUUGGACCUGGGACUUACCAUAACUCCAGAAACCAGUAGUAUGGUGACUGAACCCUCUACAGACAAGCAGGAGACCUCAAGUCAACCUCCCAAGGAGGGUGUAACCCAAUCUCCAACACAUCAAGAGGUGACAGUUCCAACACUGGGUCAUAAUCAAGCUCAAUUUCCAACAUUGCCUACUAAUAUCACAGUUCAGCCUUUGGACACAAUGCUUACCAUAAAUGCAAAGCAUACCAGGAAGGCUGAACAUUCUACAGCCCUAAAGAGGACUAAAGUACCUCCCGUGCACCAUGAGGAGGUACUUUCACAACCAGACCAGGUUCAGGUGCAGCAUCCAACCCUGACAGAAGUCACAGUUCAACCUUUUGAUGUAGAACUUACCCUAACUCCAGAAUCCAUUGUGGAGGGUGAACCACUUCCAACCACCCAGGAGACUUCAGGGCAGCGUCCAGGGCCACAAAAUGAAGCAGUCUAUCAGCCUCCAGUUUAUUAUGAGAUGGUAGUUCCAAAACCAAGUCAAGAUCAAAUUCCGCAUCCAAUGUCACCCAGUGCCACAGCUGAACCUUCAAAGCUAGAGCCAACCAUAACUCAGGUACCCACUACACAGGAUGGACAUUCUACAGCCUUGAAGCCUAUAUCUCCUCCUCCUUAUCCAAUGUACCCUGAGGUGACAUUUUCACCUCCAGUCCAGAUUCAGACUCAGCAUACAAACCUGCCUCAAGUCACAGUUAAGCCUCGGGACCUGGAAAUUACCCAAACUCCACAACGUACUACAGAGGUUAAACCUUCUACUACCACGCAAAUGACCCUAACUCCUUCUACAGAGCCACUAAAGGAGCUCGUACCUCAAUCCCCAGGGGACAAUGAGAUGAAAGUUCCAACAGCAGGUCAGCAUCAAGCUCAGCACCCACUAUCACCCAGUGUCAUAGCUCAGCCUUCCAAAAUGGAGCUUACCAGAACUCUGAUACCCACUACAAAAGCUGGCCACUCUCCAUCCCUGAAGACUACAGAUCUACAUCCAAGCCAGGUUCAGACUCAGCACUCAACCCUAACUGAAGUCACAGAUCAGCCCCUGAAUGCGGCUGCCACCAUAAAUGUAUGUGAGCUCUGUUCCUGCAGAAAUGAGACACUUUCAUGCACUGGCCUCAGCCCAGUGCAGAAGCUUCACAAAGUUUCUGUACCAGAGCCCAACAGCUACAACGGCACCUUCAGCAUAUUAAAUUUCCAAGGAAACUCAAUUUCUUUCAUUGAUGAAAAUGUAUGGAAAGCAUACCAUUGGGCUGAGACACUAAUCCUCAGUGAAAAUAACUUGACUGAAUUACAUAAGGACUCAUUUGAAGGCCUGCUAUCGCUCCAACACUUAGAUUUAUCCUGCAAUAAAAUAGAGUUUAUCGAAAGACGUGCAUUUGAGUCACUCCCUUUUCUGCAGUCUGUAAAUCUUGGUUGCAAUUUACUGACAGAACUGAGCUUUGGGACAUUUCAGGCGUGGCAUGGAAUGCAGUUUUUGCACAGUGUAAAUCUCAAUCGUAAUCCUCUGACAAAUGUUGAAGACUCAUAUCUUUUUAAACUGCCAGCAUUAAAAUAUCUAGACUUGGGAGCAACACAAGUAUCACUUACCACAGUUGAGAACAUCCUCAUGAUGACUCUUCAAUUGGAAAAACUGAUCUUACCUAGCCAUAUGGCCUGCUGCCUCUGCCAAUUUAAACAUACUAUCGAGGUUGUCUGCAAGACCAUCAAGCUUCAUUGUGACAAUGAAUGCCUGGCAAAUACCACACAUUGCCUUGAAGAAGCAUCCAUAGGGAACCCAAAGGGGGCAUUCAUGAAGAUAUUGCAAGCCCGGAAGAACAACACCAGCAAGGAGCUGACUAUUGAGCCAGAGAACCCAGUAUCAGAGAGAAACAGCGUGGACUUCCCAGGUCGCAUGAGUGAACAGCCGGUCCCGUCACAGGAGAACAGCCUGGCAACCACGCCAAGUGUGGGGUACAGGCUGCAGAGAGUGAACAAAGUCAUCAAGGGGCCAAAGGGCUUACGGAAAAGGCACCACCAGGAGAUGAGGAAGAAGAGACUCGGGAGGAGACAGGGCACCUGGCCCUUUGCGGAGAGCAUCGGGGGAAGAAGGCUUGGGAGAGCAGGCUCCAGGGAGCUGAAGGAGCUUCAAGUGGCUCAGAGGCCAAGGGAGUUACUCAGAAACUCCUUGCACAUGGAGCGCUUGCUCAGAAAGGAACAUGAGGCUGCAGCCUCCUCUUUGCUGAAGAAACACAUCCUGGGCAGGUCUUUUACAGAUUCUGCUGGGACCGAGUUCAACCUAAUGCCGACUGUGGACCAAACCAAGGAAACACAGUGGGAAUACCCCAGCGAGGGCACUGAAGCCCCCACCACACCUGCAGGCUUCACCUACCCCGUGAUGCUGUCCCAGGGGGAACAGUUUGAAAUUCAGCUGAAUCAGCAGCUACAGCCCCUCAUCCCCAACACUGACGUGAGAAGGCUCAUUUCUCACGUCAUCCACACUCUGAAAAUGGACUGCUCUGAGGCCCAGGUGCAACUGCCCUGUGCCAAGCUCAUCUCCAAAACAGGCAUCCUGAUGAAGCUCCUCAGUGAGCAGCAGGAAGAAAAGAUAGCCAAGGAAGAAUGGGAUACAGAGCAGUGGAGGACUGAGACCUAUAUCAAUGAGAGUACAGAAGCCCCGAGUGGACAGAAAGAGCAGGAGUCGAGUAAGCUCGCAAAAGGAGCUCAAGAUCACGGCUGUCACAACAAGCUCAUCGUGGCAAUACCUGUGAUGGCAGAGCUCACGAUGCUGGUUAUCAUCCUCUGUCUCAUUAAGCACAUUCCACAGAUAUUUUAUAGGAACCCCACUCAUGGAAAAUCUCUGUGCAACUGGAACCAAGAUAACAAGGGACUGGACAUUUGGAGAGGUUAA